GGAGAGGAGGGCGGUUGGGCGUUCGCUUCUCUUUAACCGCCGCCUCCGCCGCCACUCAGCAACGGCGAUUCCUAGCGGCCCGCGCAGUUCGAACGCUGCAAGGACGGGUCGCUUAGAGGCCAAGAUUGGUGAAACCGAAGGGUCCGGGAGGAGGGGCAUAGAGAUGGCCCCUGAGGCAGGUUACAAUUUAUUUGAGACAAAUGUAUAAUAUCAAUGGAACCUAACAUAUGGAUCAUCAUAUGGAUGAUGAAGAGUAUUUACUUGCAAACGUCGUUUCAUUAAGGAAGCAACUAAGAAAGACGGAAAGGAAUUUACAAAACCUGGGAGAAGAGCUUGAUAGUACAAAUUUACAUAAUUCAGACAUCAGCACUUAUGAUGGAGAGCUUGAGAUGUUGACAAUGGAAGACCUCACUGAUCCUAGUGAAUUAAAUAAUUGUUCAGCUCAUAAUACUGGGAAUAAAGUCUCUUUUCGUGACAUGGAUUCUCCAAGGAACCAAUGUUAUUCACUCUCUUUUGACAAAAGCAUGGAAGAAGAAAAUGAACUACUAAGGGAAAAACUGGUUGUAGUCCGGGAAAAGAAUGCGCUGUUGACUUCACAGAAUCAUGAUUUAAUGACUUUAGUUGAAACUGUAAACUUUGAACUGAACCAGACUAAAGCACGAGUGUCUUUCCUUGAAUCUGGUUUGAGUACAUGCUCAGUCAGCUUUCCAGCGUGGGAAGAACAGAUGGCAAGUUUGGAAGCACAGGUUCAAGCCAAGGACAACAUUCUGAAAGAUACAGAAGAUAAAUUACAGCAAAGUCAGAAAAUGGUAAUGGAAAAAGAAUGUUCUUUGAAGAAACUAAAAGAGCAAUAUAUACAAAUGAAACUGGAUUUUAUUGAACGAAUCAAACAAGGAAAGAGAACUGAACAGCAAAGAAAUGAAGCUCUGUAUAAUGCUGAGGAGCUCACAAGAACUUUUAAAAAAUACAAAGAGAAAAUAACUGAUAAGCUGGAAAAGGUUCAAAUGGAAGAACAAUUUUUAGAAAGAAAUUUAAUGAACUGUGUGAAAGAAAAGGAAAAACUACAAGCAAAAUGUGAUAGCUAUAGAAGUGAGGUUGAAAAUCUGAAGGAACAAAUGAGACAAUUAAUGGAAGAGAAUUGUAUUGGAAAGGAAAACCUAAUGUGUGUAGAAACCAAAAGUUCUGAAAUAGAAUUGCUACUGAAGCAUUCCCAGCAGAAGAUCCAGAUGCUUGAAAGUAGACUUCAGGACCAAGAGAGAAUACUUGAAGAGAAAAGUGCCCUUAUAAAUGAAAAUGCUGAAUUGAAAGAACUUAUUGCAGAGCAACAGGAUCAUCUUAAGUCAUACAGUCAAGAAAUUGAGAAUUCAAAAAUUGAACUUAAGACCUUAGAAAAUAUUAUUUCCCAGUUGUCUCAGGGCUCAUCAAAAGAGGUUUCUCAUUCCACGACUAAUUCUAGUGAAGCAUUGUAUGCCAAUUGCUGUGAAUCAAAUAGGUUCCUGAUAGAAGAGCUAAGAUUAAAACUGAAAAUGAAAGAAGCAGAGGUUCAGAAACUUCAAGGAGAAGUCAUGACUGCUAAAUUAGGUCAAGAGAUCUCUGAAAGAAAUGAUGGACAAAAAGUACACGGUCUAGAAACUGAACCAAUAAAGCUGGCUGGAACUCAAUCAGAGAGUAAAUACCUGCAACUGGAACUGAUCAGUAAACAAUUUGAAAAUGAGAAGCAAAAAUUAAUGAGACAGUUAGAUGAACUACAUGCUAAAUUGGAAAAGUCUGAGGAGGAGAACUCUGCUUUAAAAGACAACAUGACUCAAAGAACUAGUCAAUUUCAAACAAUACAGGAAGAACUGUUAGAGAAGGCUGCAAAAACUAGUAGGUUGGAGAGAGAAAUAGCAAGGAAAUCUUCUCAACUUUCUACCCUUGAAAAACAGUUGGAAGAAAAGAGAGUUGCAUAUACAACAGCAGCUGCAAAAAAUACAGAGCUGGAACAGGAAUUAAUGGAAGCAAAUUCUCAGCUUCACAAUUUGGAAAGAAACAUCAAUAAGGAAACAGAACACUUCUCUCAGAUGCUAGAGAAAACAAAGAUAAUUCAUCUUGAGCAACACAAUGAAAUGGAAAAUCAGAUUGAAUUACUUCAGUCUCAACUAGAAACUAAAAAUCACCAGUUCCAGGAGCAAGAGAACACUCUGUCCAUUUUGCAGCAAGAUAUUAUUUGUAAACAACGGCAGAUUGAAUCAUUGGAUCGGCUACUAAUAGAAAGCAAAGAGGAAAUGGAACAACAGAAAGCCAAGAAGGAUGACAUUUUAAGGACAUUGCAGGGGCAACUUGCUGAUGAAACAAUAAAGGUAAAACAACUACAGGCUGCAUUAGAUAUUUGUAAGGAAGAUCUAGCAUUAUAUUUAAGCCAUCUGGAAGAAAAUGAAGUGUUAUUUGAAAAGCAAUUGAAUAAGAAGUCUGAAGAGGUGCAUCGAUUGCAGAAAGAAAUCAAGAUUAAAAAUGAUAAUCUUCAGUCAACCACUGAACAAAACCUCAUUCUACAGCAAACACUCCAACAGCAACAACAAAUGUUACAUCAGGAAACUAUUAGGAACAGUGAAUUAGAAGACAGUCAAACAAAGCUCCAAAAGCAGUUGUCAAAACUAGAACAAGAAUAUCAAAAGCAGAAGGAAAAUUUUGAAGAAGAGCUAAGAAAAGCAAAUGAAAAAUUAAAUUUAGCCUAUGAAGAAACAGAUAUGAAAAGACAAAAAGUAACAGAACUUAGUGGCACAAUCAGACAGAUAAAAGUUGAGAUGGAUCAGUGUAAAGAUGAGCUAAUUGACAUGGAGAAAGAAUUAGUGCACUUAAGACGAGAUGGUCAGACUAAAGCAAUGCAGCUGGGCCAUUUGGAAAUGACUUUGGAGCAGAAAGUCUCUGAACUAAAUAAAAAGAAACAAGAAGUGAGAGAAUUAGAAGACAAACUACUCACAAGUGAGACACAGCAAAAAGAAACUGCGGAGAAAAUAGAAACUUUAGAGAAUGACAUGGAAAAUGCCACUGGGGAAUUAAAAACUACUUUGAGACAACUACAAGAACUUAGAGAUAUGUUACAUAAUGCACAGAUGUCUUUGGAGGAGAAAUAUGCAGCUAACCAAGAUUUAACAGAGGAACUGAGAGAAUGCAAGUAUGAACUUGAGAAUAAAAAACAAGAGCUUCUUGACAUGGACAAGAUACUGCAAGAAAGAAACUGGGAUUUGAAACAAAGAGCAGCUCAGGUCACACAUUUAGAUAUGUCAAUUCGGGGGCACAGGGAAGAACUGGAACAGAAAAUUAUUAAACUGGAAGGAGCUUUGGAAAAAACAGAGUUGCAGAUCAAGGAAUGCAAUAAGCAGAUUGAAAGUUUAGAAGGCAAGCUACAGCAUUCAAAAGAUGAAGUUCAUGAGAAAGAGUUUAACAUACUCCAGCAAGAUCAAGAGAUAAGCCGUCUUAAAAAAGAAACUGAAAGAAAGCAGGAAAGAAUGAAAGAUAUUGAAAAAAAGAUGAACGAGCAAGACAAGUACAUUGCUGAACAGUACAAAGAAAUACUUGAUUUGGGCCAGCAGUUGAGGCUCGAACGUGAACAAAUGAAACACACUCAUGCGGAGCUACUGGAGAGUCGCCGUCGGCAGGUUCAAGCUCAGAGAGAUUUGGACAGGAUCUCUGUUGAACUGGAAGAAGUGAACCAACUUUGUCUUGAAAAAGAAAGUCGUGCAAAUCGUUUGGCAGAACAACUGGGGGCAGCUCAGGCACGAGAAACACAGUUAGAAGCAAGAAUGAAAGCAGAAAUUAAGAAGCUCUCUACAGAAAUACAGUCACUAAAGCAGUCUUAUGCAUCAGAGAAACUCUCCAACGAAGCCCAGCAAACAAAAUUGAAUCACUCCAUAUCUAAAUCUCAUCAUAUCAAUGGACAACUGCAACAGCUGAAAAUAGAUCUGGAUGAAGCUCAAGGGACUGUCUCUAAUCUACAACAACAGCUUCAGUCCAGAAAUGAAAUGAUUCAAGCAGCAAAUGAAGCUUUGCUUCUCAAAGAAUCUGAAGUAACAAGGCUAAAGACUAGAAUUGCAGGUUUUGACAGAAGAGAAGCCAUAAAGCAAGUGUUAGUCCCACAAAAUGUAUCUACUCAUCAAUGGUUUGAUGAUCCAGAACUGGACUUUGCCAAGCAUUCUCAGGUUCCCUUCUCUACUCAUAGAAAUUUGCAUCACUCUACCAGAACCAGUAAUCUAAGCUUCAGAAACUGUGAAAAUUUGAAACAGAUAUUGACCUUAGACUCUGUAGUGACUUCUGGGAAGCCAGAUGACAUAGCUCAUGCUUCACCAAAUGGUCUGAAUGAAUCUUCUUUUGACCCUUUGACUCAUAUAGUAAGUGAAGAUGUGUCUUGUGACAGUAAUGACUUCCAAACUCUUAGUGGGAUGCUAAAGUAUAUCAACAAAGAGAUGAAGACUUCUGGAAGUUCAUCCCUCUAAUUUUCAACUGAUGUGGAAAAACCAAGAAUGAAGAUUAUGAAAAGCCAGCAUGCUAGCAAAAAGUCAUAUGCAAACAGAUGCGUUGGCAUGGUGUUCAAGAAUAUAUUUUGUAGAAACUAUGUAAAUAGUAUAUUGACCCCUAAUCCCAUUCACAUUUUUUCCAGUUGUAUUUUUUUUUUUAAUGACUGCCUUCAAGUAAAUUGUACAGGAAUAUUGGGGUUCCAUUACCUCUUAAAAAGAAAUCUUUAGUUUUUUAAAUUUAUUUUUCCUAAUAUUUUGUUACUUCACCUAAAUUUUUUAAUAAUGACUUAAUAAACAAA